AUGGAAUCGAAUUUCUCUGCAAUCGUCAACGGUUUCGAGUAUUACGAUGUUGGUUUCUUACCAAACCAGAAUCCUAAUCUCGGCUUCGGUGUUCCUUCCUCUAGCGACUUCGAUCUCAGUACGGAUCAUUGGCUUCCAGCAAGACAACAAGAUCAAGGUUUUGAUUUUCAACAACAAUACUCUCCACCAGCUGAUGAGAUUGAUUCCGAGAACACCCUCUUGAAAUACGUAAACCAGCUCCUCAUGGAAGAGACUCUCGCCGAGGAGGAGCAGACUACGUUCUACGAUUCUUUAGCUCUACGACAAACCGAACAAAUGUUGCAGCAAGUCAUCACCGACUCACAAACUCACUCUUCUUGUAUUAUUCAUCCUAAUUCGAUUACUAGCAGCUGCUGUAGUAGUGGUGCUAGUUACUGGAGCAAUAACAGCAAUUCUAGUGUCGUGAUCGAGACAGCAGUUAGUUCUAACGAGUAUGAUGAUGCUAUUGGUGAUUUUCGUGAACCAAACAUGUUGCGUGGUGGAUUCGGACAGCCAGCGAGUGAGAUUCUUGUAAAGAGUAUCUUUACUGAUUCAGAUUCAGUUAUGCAAUUCAAGAGAGGCCUUGAGGAAGCUAGCAAGUUUCUUCCCAACACCGAUCAAUGGAUCUUCAAUCACGACCACGAUACGAAAGAUGAGAAAGUAUCUUCGAGAGCUAGGAGGAAGAAUCGUCACGAGCACGAGCGUGAAGAAGAAGAAGAAGAAGAGGAAGCUAGAAGAAGCAGUAAGCAAUCAGCAAUGACUGUUGAAGACGGUAAACUAACAGAGUUCUUUGAUAAAGUUCUCCUUCUCGAUGGCGUAUCCGAUCCACAAGUUAUCGAAGAAGGAGAGAGCGUUUCAAGCAAGCCGCAGGUUCCUAAAAAAGAAGGAGGCCGUACCAAAAAGAAGAGCCAAGCGGUAGACUUCCGCACGCUUCUCACUCUAUGCGCACAGUCCAUUUCAGCGGGGGACAAGAUCACAGCCGAUGAUUUGCUUCGACAGAUAAGGAAGCAGUGUACACCUCUCGGCGACGCGUCGCAGAGACUAGCUCACUUCUUCGCCAAUGCCCUCCAGGCUCGUCUCGAAGGAAGCUCGGGGACUAUGAUCCAGAGUUACUAUGAUUCCAUCACCUACAAGAAACGAACAGCUGCUCAGAUUCUUAAAUCCUACCAUGUGUUCUUGUCCGCGUCUCCUUUCAUGACUUUGAUCUAUUUCUACUCCAACAAGAUGAUUCUUGACGCUGCUAAAGAUGCUUCCGUGCUUCAUGUGAUAGACUUUGGGAUCCUCUACGGUUUCCAGUGGCCUAUGUUUAUACAGAACGUAUCAAAGAGUAAGACGGGUCCAAGGAAGCUACGGAUAACGGGUGUAGAGCUUCCUCAAAACGGGUUUCGUCCAACGGAGAGGAUAGAGGAUACGGGGAGAAGACUCACGGAGUAUUGCAAAAGGUUUGGCGUUCCGUUUGAAUACAAUGCUAUUGCGUCCAAGAACUGGGAGACGAUACGUAUGGAAGAGUUCAAGAUCCGACCAAACGAAGUUCUUGCGGUUAAUACUGUUCUCAGGCUCAAGAACCUUCGAGAUGUGACUCCAGGGGAAGAGGAUUGUCCUAGGGACGGGUUCUUGAAACUGAUCAGAGACAUGAAGCCUGACGUGUUCCUCAGCUCCACGGUUAACGGGUCUUUCAACGCUCCGUUCUUCACCACGCGGUUUAAAGAAGCUUUGUUUCAUUACUCGUCGCUCUUCGACAUGUUUGGUUCCACUCUUUCCAAGGAGAACCCGGAGAGGAUACACUUCGAAGGGGAGUUUUACGGGAGAGAAGUGAUGAAUGUGAUUGCGUGUGAAGGAGUGGAUAGGGUGGAGAGACCGGAGACUUACAAGCAGUGGCAAGUGAGGAUGAUGAGAGCUGGGUUUAAGCAGAAGCCUGUGGAGGCAGAGCUUGUGGAGUCGUUUAGGGUAAAGAUGAAGAAGUGGGGUUACCAUAAAGACUUUGUGCUUGAUGAAGAUAGUAACUGGUUCUUGCAAGGUUGGAAAGGUCGUAUCCUGUUCUCUUCUUCUUGUUGGGUCCCUUCUUAG